CCAGGGAGAAAGGGAGAGAGAGAGACCACAUCUGGAGGAAAAUAAAGAAUCAUCAUUUCAUGUCCUCCACCCUCUUGUCUUAUUCUCCUCCCUCUCCCUCCGUCUCUUUUUUCUGACUGAGGAAGGAGCCGGGAGACAGUAGACAGGCGUCGUAAGCAAACGAUGCUCCUUUGAAAUGUAUUUAUUUUAGAACGAUUUAUCGUAACUUGACACAAUUCUAUAUUUUCCGACAAUUUAAAUUAACAGCAACAGUUUGCGUUUUAGUCUAAGUAUAGCCUGUCGUGUUGUGCGUGAGUUGGAAAUGGUCAACUGGAUCCAGGAGUGUUUUUGAUGAAGACAUCUGGCGUUUUAACCGUUAAGCGUUAAACGGACCGCGCGUUUCAAGUCCUCUCAGCGGGUCACGUAUUUCGGAAUCCGACGGAGCGUCUUUACUGAGGCGGGUGGAUCAAAGCCAUGCUGUCGCUGGACGAGCCACUGGACUUGAAGAUUCCCUCCGGCCGUGACAGGACGCUCAGAACGUCCAUCUGUGCCCCGCUACACUACUCUCGUGCUCGAAUAUCCCGCGCAUUGCACAAGCCCAAAAGCCCUGAUGCAGCUGACAAGGACAUGUCAGAUUCUUCAUCAUCCACGGUGGUAGAUCUGAGUCUGUCUCCAUCUUCCUCUCCCUCACCACCUUCUCCUAUAGACAGCGGUGCCAGCUGGAGCCCCACAGCGCCUCUUCUGGCCUCAGAAUCCGAAAGCACCACGUACCAUGAGGACAGCGCCUCUCCUCCUCCAGGUUUCCAGUUCUUUCUGCCGAUUGGUGCAGAGGGUCCCUUGCGCCUGCCCUCCUCGAUGCUGAUUGGUCAGCACUCCCCUGAGCCCUCAAAUGACGAACAGCUGGCCUGCCGCUGGCUAAAGUGCCAUCUGCUGUUCGAGAGCCUGCAGGAUCUGGUGGACCAUGUGAAUGACUCACAUGUGAAACCGGAGAAGAAUACAGGAUACUGCUGCCACUGGGAGGGCUGUGCGCGCAAGGGAAGAGGCUUUAAUGCCAGGUACAAGAUGCUGAUUCAUAUCCGCACUCAUACCAACGAGAAACCUCAUCACUGCCCCACCUGCCACAAGAGUUUCUCACGGCUGGAGAACCUGAAGAUACACACCCGCUCACACACAGGAGAGAAGCCGUACAUCUGUCCUUACGAAGGCUGCAACAAGCGCUACUCGAACUCCAGUGACCGCUUCAAACACACGCGCACGCACUACGUGGACAAACCCUACUGCUGCAAAAUGGUGGGCUGUCUGAAGCGCUACACCGACCCCAGCUCUCUCCGCAAACACAUCAAGGCACACGGCCACGCUGUGGUGCAGGAACGCACCGCCUCGCCUAGAACCAACAGGCUGGAAUUGGAUGGUCCCUCAUCUGUGGAUGGCCGACGAAUGGAUCGAUCUUACCCAGGAGCAGCUCGUUUCAUCCUACCGGGUGCGGCGACAAGCUUAUUUGGAGCUCACGCCUUCGCCGGGCCACUUAGCGGACACCCCCUUGAUCUGUCCAGGCUCAGUCCGCUUUUAGGAGCCGGGCCUAUGCUGUACCCCAGCUCUGGUGCUCUUGGGCUUGGGAAGGUGCCAAUCCUGCACCCCUUGUUGCUGCCACCAUUCGGCCUCGGCGGGGGUCCAGCUGAAAGAGCGGCUGAAGAAGAAGAUGAAGUUGAUGAUGAAGAUGAAGGCAGGAUGGGAGCGGGACGGGGCCCUCACUCAUGGGUCGUGAUCCCUCCGGGCAUGCUGUUCUUGAAACAGGUUGCAACCACGUAAAGAGACUGUUCACACUGCACACCAAUCUGAUUUGGAUUUCAAAUCAGAUCAUUUGUCACUUUGCAAGCGAUGAAAUCAGAUCCGUUAUGUUACGUCCUGAAAAAACUACCUGGAAAAAUGACUGUUGAGAGAGUUUAAUUGGAUUUUCAAUUGUUAGUGUACAAAUGUAGUGUGAAACUGGUUUGUUUGUUUUCUGUUCACACUACAAAAGGUAAACUGGUUUGAGUCAGAUACACCAAAAAAUGCUUCUUUUGAUUCUAAACAAGGCCUUAAGGGUCGUUCACACCAAUUACAAUAAUUAAUAGUGUUUGGCCAAAGUUUUCAGCCUAGAAUUUUUAUUUCAGUGCAUCCCUAAUUCUAAUCGUAUGAGAAUAGAAAAAGUCCACACCACAACUAUAAUGAAGAGCUAUAUUGUUGGAAUCACUCUGAGAACGUUGAAAAGCAUUGACAGCCAUUCAGAAUCCACCCUAAUUUUUAGAAAACUAGAACAUUUAAAGCAACAAACAACUUUAAACUGAACAUAUCUGUUUGUCCAUUUAUGUGAAAGUUAAUCAGGGGCCAAGCACUGAAGGUGCGAUGGCACCUAUUGUAUCCGUUGGCAUUCUUCUUUCGCUCAGGAAGUCUACGGCAGCUCACAGAACCGCUUGUGGGAAAGUUGUGAAAAUUGGUACACUGAUAGAGGACAGUGUCAUCAUUAUUUAAAACAAAAUUUAAAACUCAUAAGGUUUAGUUUUUUCGCUGUUUUUAACAGUUCGAAAAACCUACUUUUUCGAACUCAUCCUAGACGGCUUGUCUGAUUUUCACCAAAAUUGGCUCAGAUCAUCUUCAGACCAUGCAUUUGUCAAACCGUUCUCAAAUAACGUGCAAAUGAAUUCUAUGAAAAGCAUGCAAAAAUGGAUGUGAGGCUAUAUCUCCAAAAGUUUGGCGUAUUGAGACCAAACUUGGUGUGUGUUAUAACAAGCAUGACCUGAGGCUACCUGUAGUGUUUUGGCGUAGUGUCACCUAGUGGUCAGGAGAUAUAAAAAAAUAGCUGUUUUUGCUUAUAACUUCUUAAUGGUUUGGCCAAAAAUCACAAAACUGGUCUUGUUAGAUUUGGUCCAUAUUUUUAUAUUAGAGUCGAACCAGAUUUUCCCAUUUUUCACUCAAUUUUCCCAUGUCAGCUAUUUUGGGUGUCGGUCAUUUUGAAUUUUGUCAAAAAAUGCUAUAUUUUACAAAUGCAUUGGUGUAUCGUUACGAAACUCAGUAUGUGUCUUCGGCACCAUGCCCUGACAGUACUCAAAAAAUUGGGGGCAGCGCCACCUUCUGCCCAAAAGUUAUAAAGAAAUUUCCAAAAAUGCUAAUAACAUUUGAAUAAAUUGGGCUAUUGUAUUGUAUUGACACCAAACAUUUUAUGUGCCAUUGUCACCUCACACUAACCACGCCACAUCAAUUUGGUAACAGCGCCACCUAUUGGUCAAGAGUGAUAAACCAUUCAUUAACUAUUAAUCAUCAAAUUUCCAAAAAUGCUAAUAACCUUUGAUUGCAUUAGCCUAUUGUGUUGAAACUGGUCUCAAAAUAUUCCUUGGGUCAUGCCUACAACAUACAUUCCAAUUAUGAAAUAGUCGGACAAACUUCCUGUCCUUCAUAUUGAUAUAUGUUGAAAACAUACUUUUUCGAACUCCUGUUAGACCGUUUGUCUAAUUUUCACCAAAAUCAAGUCAAAUCAUCUUUAGACUGUGCUGACAAAAAGUUAUGGAUUCCAUGUUGAUAGAUAAAACCGUUUUCGUAUAGCGCCGCUACAGAUUUUAGAUUGAUGCCAAAAUGACUCUGAGGCUGUAUCUCUGCAAAGCUUUGACAUAAUGACACCAAACUGUGUGUGUGCCAUUGUUACCUCACACAGAACACACCACAUCAAUUUGAUAACAGUGCCACCUGUUAAUCAAAAGUGAUUAAACCAUAAGCCAUUAAAUCAAAAGCCAUUAAAUCAUAUUACUAGGAGUUCUAUGUUGUUUUUCUGCCAUUUUGACUAAAAUUAUCUUAAAAUGGCUUUCUUUACUCAUUGCUGCCCUGUAAUUGCUGCUUGCAGCUAUAUUAUAGUUAUUGUUCCUGGUGUGAAUGAGCCAUCAGUCACUCACUUUAAAGUUCAAGGAAUUGUAAAUAUUAGUUGUUGAGGUGCUGGCUUUUAGUGGAAUUAUCUGGGAGAGUAUAAUUCAAGUGUUUAAAUAGGCAAAACAAAGGUAAUUCAAAUAUUGAUUUUUUCAGUACUUCCUGACACACUGACCAAUGUUCAUACACCAUAUGUGUACAAUAUUAAUUAGUAUGUCAUCAAAGCCAAUAGAAUAUAUGUAAUGUGAUGUUUAAAAAGAAACUCAGACAAAGUGUUGCUUCAUAAUUCAUACUAUGCCCUGGAAAUAAUUUAACAGUGACUAAACAGAGAACAGGAUGUGAUACAUGUUUGACAACUAUAGGACAAUGAAUAGGCUAAACAUUUUAAUUUGUUAAAAUUACUAAAGAAAAACUAAGAUAGGUACUUUUAAAUGCUAUGAAUGAAUUUAAGCAUCACAACAUUGUAAUGUAAGUAUGAAAAAAUAUAUAUAUUCAUCUUGAGAUUACUUUUAAAAGUGUUAUUCAGUUUUUUAAAAAGCAAAGUUAAAUCUAAACGAAUAAAAAAGGUUAAAAUGAGCAUGCACAAUUAAAUAUAUGUUAAAAAGGUAUUGAUUUUGUUCAUUAAAAUAUAAAAAAGGUUUAUAUUGUAGUGUCUAUAAAACCAACGAGUUGUUAAAGCAGAUGAGUGUCUUUUUCGCAAAUUUUGAUACCAGUAGUUUCUCGCAACCAAGAAGUAAACAAUUCGGGACGUAGAGUUACAUAAGUUACAUUUUAGUAAUAAUUUAGCGAAUUCAACGCAGAUGUGCACCCUGAUUGCUAUAAGUAAUCAUUAGCUUGUGUUUUCAUUAUUAGCCAUUUAAUGGUGCCGCUUUAUGUUUUGUACGUUUUCGAAGACGAGACAUUGACUGUGUCAAAACCGUGUCAUAUGAUGACAUGAGUCCACUUGGACUCCACUAUUUGUUAUCCAUUAUUUACUUCAGAUUGGUAAACCUUUAUGCAUGGCUGACCUUUCUCGUUUGCACCGGGAACUGCAUAUGUAAUGUUGUAUUGCUCUGAUUUGAUAUCUGCCAUGCAUAAUGGAUAAACGCUAAGACUAUGGCCUGUCACGGUCAGCUCGAGUAUUGUAAUGAACUAUAUUUGCACAGGAUAUUUUAUCAAUUUUUUACCAAUACCAAGUGCCUUAUAUUGUGAGGUCGUUAUUGACGAAAUACAAUGUAUGAAAUACAUUUGGAUGUAUAUUGUCAGUUCAUGUAUGUAUAUUUUACCAGAUUUAGUUCAAUAGGCUUCUAUCGUAAAUGUUUUUUACACGUUUUCCUGACGUUGAGGCUUACGCCUCAUGAAGUUGAGCUAAUGCUAAUGUCUUACUAUACCACAGGACGUCUGUCAAUGUGACCGGAAUGAAAUUUAUGAAAUAGAGGACUAUGACGCAUAAGUCCAAUAAAGAGUGCAAUGAAUGAA